ACGCCCGUGCUCGCCCGAGCCUGGUCCGGUCGGGGCGGCGUCAUGGCGUUGCGGUGCGAGGUCCUGGACGAGCUGCCGGCCGCCUGCCUGUCGCCCUGCGGGCCGCCCAACCCGGCCGAGCUGUACAGCGAGGAGCGGCGCCUGGCGCUCGAGGAGCUGGUGGCGGGCGGCCCCGACGCCUUCUCGGCCUUCCUGCGACGCGAGCGCCUGGGCCGCUUCUUGAACCCCGACGAGGUGCGCGCCAUCCUGCGCGCGGCCGAGCCGCCCGACCAGGAGGGCGCGGCGGCGGGGGCCGAGGACUCCUUCGGCUCGUCGCACGACUGCUCGUCGGGCACCUACUUCCCCGAGCAGUCGGACCUGGAGCCGCCGCUGCUGGAGCUCGGCUGGCCCGCCUUCUACCAGGGCGCUUACCGCGGCGCCACGCGCGUCGAGGCGCACUUCCAGCCCCGGGGCGCGGGGGCCGGCGGCCCCUAUGGCUGCAAGGACGCGCUGCGCCAGCAGCUCCGCUCCGCGCGAGAGGUGAUUGCUGUGGUGAUGGAUGUGUUCACUGACAUCGACAUCUUCAGAGACCUGCAGGAAAUAUGUCGGAAGCAGGGAGUGGCUGUAUACAUCCUUCUGGACCAGGCCCUGCUCUCCCAGUUUUUGGAUAUGUGCAUGGAUCUGAAAGUUCAUCCUGAACAGGAAAAGCUGAUGACAGUUCGGACAAUUACUGGAAAUAUCUACUAUGCGAGGUCAGGAACUAAAAUUGUUGGGAAGGUUCAUGAAAAGUUCACAUUGAUUGAUGGCAUUCGAGUGGCUACAGGCUCUUACAGUUUUACAUGGACAGACGGCAAAUUAAACAGCAGUAACUUGGUCAUUCUGUCUGGCCAAGUGGUUGAACACUUUGAUCUGGAGUUCCGAAUCUUAUAUGCACAAUCAAAGCCCAUCAGCUCCAAACUCCUGUCCAACUUCCGCAUCAGUGGCAGGUUUGACCAUCUAGUUGACCGAAAACCACUGCCCAAGGAGCUCACGCUGGGCAACCUGCUGCGGCUGCGUCUGGCCAGGCUCUCAAGCACCCCCAAGAAGGCUGAGUUGGAGUGCGAGGCGCCCGCCGAGGGCAGGGCAGAGGCCAGGCGCCACGACUCCGAGUCCUCCACCAUCAGUGAGGAAGACUACUUCAGCAGCCGCAAGGAUGAACCAAAGGGUGGAAAAGUGACCGAUGCCACCACUCAGACAGAGCCAGGGGACGAGAUGCCAGCAGUGAGUGUGAGCGAUGCAGGAACACAAACCAGUACCACCACCACGUGUGCUGGGACACAAACCACAGUCACCACCAGGGUGGCAAGCUCCCAAACCAUGGUUCGGUCCACGUCGGCCACCACCCAGACUGACGUGGACGAGUACGUUCUCUUUUCUCAGGGAACCCAGUCUAAAGAAGGGUCACCGGUAUCAAAGAUGUCUGUGUCACGGUCCUCCAGUCUGAAGUCCUCCUCCUCUCUGUCUUCCCAAGGCUCCGUGGCAAGCUCCAUCGGCUCCCAGACUUCCAUCGGAGCCACUGACUUCGUCCCUCCUGGACAUCCCAAGUACUGGGCUGCCCCCUACUUGGAUCUGUGCUUAAGAGACUCAUUCAGAAACUUGAAUCAAGAGCGGCAGUUUCACUUGGCUGGUAUCAGGUCCCGGCUCAACAACAUGCUGGCCAUGCUCUCAAGGAGAACAUUCCUCACUGAAAACUACCUCGGUUUUCAUUCUGGAACUUUUGCCAGAGCAUCAGUUAAUUUGCUGGCUGUUAGAGAUAUCGCACUUUAUCCCUCCUAUCAGUGACUGCUCAGUGUUCAGAGCCCCUGGCUUCAUCCGGGCUCGCAGUGGACACGGUCAGAGCGUCCUGCUUUACAAAGGUCUCCUGUCCCAACUGCCUUCUUCCGCCUGACUUAGUUACCCUGAUUUCCUUUGAAUUCUAUAAACUGCACAUUAUUUUACAUGCUUUCGUUUUCUUUUAUUUUUGUCAUGUAUAAACCAGGUAUUGGUUUUUAUGGUUUAAACACUAUGGGUACAGUUUCUUUGCACGAUUUUAAUAUUGAUAUCUUUUAAAGAGAAUGUUUAGGGGUUCUCAGGUUAAUUCCGGUAAGAGGUAAAAUAUGUUUUGCAUUUAUAUAGAUUUGUGUGCUCUUCUGUUUUAGAGGUUUGAAUCACUAGUUUUUUUGAUCAAAAUCCUGUUUAGAAAAAACUCUGUUUCUUAAUUGUCUGUUUCUUUUUUAGGAUAUCUGUGUUGUUAGCAUUAAAUAAAUAUAAACAACUUUUGUUUGGUGAUUGCUCGAGUACUUUUUUUUUUUGCUCUCUGGCA